GCGCCUCGCGCUGCGCCUGUACCGGCGGCGAUCGGGCUCGGCUCGGCCAUGGAGGCGCUUCGGGCGGCGGGGCGCGCCGUGCUGCGGAGCCCGCGCCUCGCCCGUCACGGCCUGGCGCUCCGCCGGCGGCGCAAGCUUCCCGAGAGCUGGGCUGAUAUGCAGGAGCCGCUGCUUGAGGGGAUGUGCUUCACGCUCAAGUAUCUCGGCAUGACACUGGUAGAAAAACCCAAAGGAGAAGACAUGGCUGCUGCUGCCAUCCGCCGGAUCGUGGCCACGGCACGGGUGGGAGCUCGCAAGUUCCAGAAGGUGAUUCUGACAGUGUCUCCGAGGGGCAUCUCGCUGCAGGAUGCAGACACAAAGGAGAUGGUCGAGAACAUCUCUAUCUACAGGAUCUCCUACUGCACAACAGACAAGCUGCAGAACAAAGUCUUUGCUUACGUUGCGCAGAGCCAGGAGAGCGGGGCACUGGAGUGCCAUGCCUUCCUCUCACCCAAGAAGAAGAUUGCCCAGGCUGUGACUCUGACUGUGGCCCAGGCCUUCCAGAUGGCACUGGAUCUCUGGGAAGCAGCACAUGCAGGCUCUAGGCAGGAACAGCCCCUUCACCCUUCAUGUGUCUUGGAGAGCAGUGAGCCCGGCAGACCAAGUGAGACAGCCCCCCCGGGGAGCCCUCCCUUCAGACACCAGUUUGGGGAGGAGGAAGAGGAGGAGGAAGAUGAUAAUGUCGGUGACACCUUACCUGGGCCUUGCUUGGGGUAUGAUGGGUGCUCUGUUCUCUUCCAAAGCAGCAUGGAGGAGCUGGGAAGGGGAGCCCACAGCCCAGCAGAGUCAGCACCUCUUGUGCCCAGAGCGAGCUCUCCUACUACGCGGCUACUGUGCUACCGCCUGGGGCAACCCCCAGACAGCUGGAAGGGGCUGGCCGGGGUUGGAGACCUCCCCACGCCCGGUCCCAGGACUGCUGGCCCCAAGCCUCCCCUGGGCUAAGCCAAAUCUCCGCAGCAAUGGACCAGCCACUCAGGACUCACCCUGUGCCUGCACCCGGGCCAGGCAGUGCCUGCCCUGCCCCGGCACUGCCCACCAGGCGCAGGGUCUGCUGGCACCGCUGCCGUGCAGCGCGCCAACCACGGCACCCGCUCCUUGUCCUGCUCUCCGCCUGCAUGAACCGCCUCAAGCUGCAGCUGCUCCCAGCUUGGGUGGGUGGACCCGUGCU